AAACUUAGCUUCAAUUUCAAUCGUUCUAAUUCGACACUCAUGUUUUGCAACUCAAUUCUGACGAAAGCUCCGGAGACGCCAUCAAUUAUACCGUUCAGCUCGCGUCUUUUUUCUAGUAUGAUCAAGAAAGAUGAAAGCCACUGAGGAGGUGAUCGUCCACCAAUCGCUGGAAUAACCGGCCACGGUCGGGUUCUGCACGCAGAGUUAGUCGUCCAUCAUCCAUCCCCGAAGUGACGCAAAUCCGACCCCGGGUUCGGAUUCUCCAUCUCCAAUAUAAAUAUUCGCGACUCUCUGAGAAUCGCCGCAUUAGAUUGUGUGCGACACACCUCACAAAAUCGGUUGCAACUUUUGAAAAACAAAAAAAAAACAAGCAAAAUUCCGCUAAUUAACGAUGCGUGUAAGCUGUGUUAUCAUCGCGGCCGGACUAGUCAUAAUGGCUUGCGGCGUCGAUUCCGUCGGAUCGGCACACAUUCUGGACGCACCGCUGCCGGGAUCUGGAUUUAACGUGCCAACGGUAAUUGCCGGAAAACCCAAGCCACUGCUCGAGGGGAAGGGUCCGCACGAAAUUUACGACCUUGCUUCUCAAGUUACCGACGAGGACUACGACAUCUUGAAAACAAUGUUCAAAAUGAACACAAUGGAUGCGAAUGGUGUUUAAGUGUGGAAGCAAAGAAGCUACAGAAAAAAUCAUGUUGUGAAUUUUGAAAAACACAAACUUUUAACGGACAUUUGCGAAUUAUAUUUCCAUCACGCGUGAACAAUUAGUGUAUUUUGGUAAAAAAAAGUGUUGACAAAUGUGUGACGUUGGUCGAAUUUAAGUUGAAAUUUUGUGUACUUUUAAAAAUAACAUGAUUUUUUCUUUGUUUUAGUAAAUGGAACAGAAUCAACAAAAUAGUGCAAACUAACAAAAGUGUUUAACACUACAUAUUGGACAACUAACCCAGGGGUUUUGGUGAAUAAAAUUUAAUUUGAAGCAUGUUAGA